GAGGAGGAGGAGGAAGAGGAAGAAGGAGGAGAAGUAGGGUCCGGGAAAUCCACUGAAGUCGGUGGACCUUGGCACAAAGUGGAAGAAGAUUCUGUCAUCGGCGUUCGUUCGCAUGCGUGCCUUCGUCGUCUACAAGUGUCGCCUGGCGAGGAUUCCACAGAUCUGCUCCUUCGGCUUCGGCUGCUGCUGCUGCUGCUGUCUCGCUGCGCUCGCAGUCGAGCAUCGCAUUCGUUUCCUUGGCCCUCAAGGCGUCUUCUUUUCCCACUGCCGGGUGAUCGCUCGCUCUGCAGCUCCUUGACGGACCCCAUUCGUCGUAGUCCUUCGCUGAGUCGUCUGGCUGGCGAUGGAAGCGCUCAUCUCUCUCUGACCGACCGACCAGUCGCUCUUGUCUGCUCGUGCUAUUCUGGGUCUCAGGAAUACAAUCUGCAGCCAUAUCCGGUUUUCCCUCCUCAAUUGUGGAAGUCUCUGGUAGCAUCUUGUUUUAUUGGAACCUUGGAGCGGCGAUCACAGAAUUUCUUCCACGGGCUCCAGUCGCAAGUUGAGAAUUAGGUGGAAAUUUCUCUGACAGACUAAAGGUGAUCGUAAAUCAAAAAGGAAAGAGGGAUUUGGCUCGAGGAAUGGAGAAUUUCCGAGCUGGCUGGAGGGGAUGCGAGCAGGCAAUCCAGGAGUGAGAAAUUAUCUAUUAUGACCUACGCGUAGCGGAUAUGAGCCAGGGGAUCGACAGGGAAUCUGAAACUUUGAGGAAGGGAAUUGAAAUUUGAGAUCACAUCGUAGUUGAAUGAAGCGAUGAGCUUUUCGACUACGGAUUAGACUAGCGGGUUAGAAUAAUCAAUAACUUCUUCGGUGUCGAUCUGCUUAAGAACCAUCUGUAUUUAGGUGGUAAUGAACAGUUUGAUAAAAUUCGAAAAGUCCGGAUCAGAAUGUUGAGGAAUCUAGCUGUAAAAAGGUGAAGGUGACUGCGCUGGUGCUAUUUUCCGGGCACAGAAUAUUUGAAGUCGUAAUCUAAACGGACUGUCAGGUAUGGACAUCAGGAGAUGGAGUUCUUAACUGGAAAUGCGAGAAUGUUCAUGAGGCUUCAUGUUUGAGCUUCUGUGUAUGAGAAGCUAGGUAAAUUAUUGGGGACAAUGACUCGUGUAGUUGUACAGAGAGGCGCCGCAGCCUCAAAUUCCUCUCAUAACCGCUCGUCGUCGACACCCCCCUCAUCAGCCACAUCGUCACAGGCUUCGUCUCACGCUUCAGUUCAACCAUCUCAUAGCCCCCCCUCUGGUAGCCAUGCGGAGGAAGAGAUAGUCCUUGAAGCGAAGGAGGUUGAACCGGUAAAUUUCUACGGUGGGGAGUCUGAGAGUUUGGUGACAGAAUUGAUCAACAAAGCAGUAGCUCACCAGGGCCCAUACGAAGGAAGGGGUUUCGAAAGAGAACAGACAUAUGGCUAUGGGGAAUGUUCAGAUCAGGCAUCUACGAGCUCCUCUACCAUCAGGGAAACUGAGGGGAGAGUGGAGAGGGACGGAGUAGCUCAGGUCAAUCAAUCUCAUUCACAGAGGCAGGAAGGGGGAAGGGAUUCUUCCGAAAUAGUUGAAUCUUUAUGCUUGCAACAAGCAGAGGCAGCCAAGGAGCAUGGAGAGGAAGCACAAACCUUCCCAUCUCCCUCAAAAUGUGAUAGAGAUGGAGGGUCCUCUUCCUGUGAUUCAGCCGGACCUUCUAAUGAGUGGAAACCGGAGCAACCUUUGCAUCCACCUCAAUCUUUACCUCCUUCCUUCUCCUCUCAUCAUUAUCCAGCGUCAUCUUCUUGGCAUGCCAGUGCAGGGACAUUGUCAGGACCUUCUGCUUCAUCGCCAGCGUUUCCACUCUCGUUCCCAUCUCAGAGUUCACUCGACACAGUGACGGGGCCCGAUACUGAUCAUGGCAGACCUAAUUUCUUUCAAAAUCCUUCCGAACUAGUUGGUUGCUCCUAUAAUCCGACCUCUUCGGCCUCCCAACCUUUACCCUCUUCUUCAUCCAGGAGAAACACCUGGGUAGGUGUAGCUGCAUCCCGAGGAGGUUUUUCUCGUCGUGGUCCAAGAGCCUGCAAGCCUUCACGGAUUUCUCCUAACAGCUCAAGACCAACUUCUCCGAAGUCGUAUGGAGAAGGUGAUGGAUACAACAGCGCAGAUGAGCAGACUCCGUGGUCUUCUGGGUCGGCGGGUUACGAGAACAACGGGGAAAGAGAGCAUCAGUUUGAGGUGGAGAUUAGGCGAGCUAAAAAUUUGGAGGUGCGACGCAUGGCCGAAGAUGGUAACUGCUUGUUUAGAGCUGUCGCCGAUCAAGUAUAUGGAGAUGCAGAGAUGUAUGACGAGACUCGGCAGAUGUGUAUAGACUACAUGGAAAAGGAGAGGGAUCAUUUUUCUCAAUUUGUAACAGAGAGCUUCACCGCGUAUUGCAAAAGAAAACGAAGAGACAAGGUUCAUGGUAACAACCUUGAAAUUCAAGCUAUGGCAGAGAUGUACAACCGGCCUAUCCACAUCUUUUCUUACAGCAUGGAUCCCAUCAACAUUUUUCACGGUCACUAUGAAACCGACUUGCCACCCAUUCGCCUCAGCUAUCAUCGAGGAAACCACUACAACUCUUUGAUAGAUCCAAGCAGACCAGCAAUUGGAGCAGGGCUCGGCUUUGGCAGCCUUAGGGGGACAAACGUGGAUAGAGAGCAAGUAAAGGCUGCUUUGAAAGCACAGCAAGAUCAACAGAUAGACAAGGCAUUGCUGGCCGAGGGACGUUUCUACUCGGAUCUGGAGUUGACAGAGCAAGAGAUACAGCGCAUGGUGAUUGAGGCGUCCCGCGCGGAGUUUUUUGAGGAGGAGAGCCACCGCCACCCAAUUCCUUGGUGCGAAGAAACUUCUACGUCAGCCGCUGCUGAACCCUCCUCCUCUGGCACAAAUGGGAGCCCCAGAGGUGCAGCACGAACUUUGAGCCUGGCGGCUACAUCGACGACUGCUACUGAUUCUGGUGGUCUGACGAGCAAUGUACGAAUGCUGUUGUCUAUGGGGUUCAGCUAUUUGCAGGUUAUGGAGGCGUGUAGCAUAUUCGGCGAUGACGUGAACAACAUGUUGUGCUAUUUGUUAGAGACAGAGGGUACUCUUGGUGACGGGGAGAGUAUUUACAGGAUGAAAGGCAAAGCUGCAGAGAGAUAGGCCUCCGUCCCCGUCAAUACAUCUGUCUUUGUUGGAUUGUACACAAGUGGGAACUUUGAGAGCUAGUAGGGUGUUUCCUUGUGGAAUUCUGCACAGAAACGAGCAUUGAGAAGUUCUUGUAGUAAUUUUCUUAAGCAGAUGUCACGUCCAGUUAAAAUGCUGGUAUUUAGAGACUGAAGCACAGUUCUGUGCUCCAGAAAGGUACAAGGGAGAGAGGUAUAUUGUUUUGUGCUUGUUGAUGUGAAAUAAAGUUCAGAUUAGCCGGAGUUCAACG